CUCGUCCCCACCGUUCCGCCCACGCCAUGUCCAAACCACCGAAACCCGUGAGGCAGGACUACAUCGCCAAGGUGCGCUACAUCAACCACUUGCCGCCGCCGCCCUUGAACCCCAAGUUCCUCCGGUACAACAGCACACAGCCGCUCAGUGCGCAGGCCGAAAACGAGGCGCUUUUGUCGUCGCUUUUCCGCAAAGACAACUUCAACGCGUACAUCGCGCAGGUGGACGAGGAGUACGGCAUGGGCUUGAACCCGCUCCUGGCGCCCGGGUUCUUGGACGCCCCGGCCGCGGCCGCGCUUGCCGCCCACACCCCGGCGUUGCACCCCAAAGACCGGGCGUUUUUGCGCGACGCCGGCGUGGGCAAGAUCAACAAGUCCGAGCCCGGCGUGUCGUUCUUGCGGCGCACGGAAUACAUUGCUGAGCGGCAGUCCGCGGCGCGGCCCGACGAGAAGGGCCCCGCGAACACGGCGGCCGACGACGCCGGCGAUCGCGUGGACCCGGACUCGCAGCUCCGGGCCGUGGAGCAGAGUUUCGAGGAGUCGCAGAAGUCGCUCGCGGCGUACGGCGCGUUGCGCCACCCGCGCAAAACCAAGUUGCGCGCGGUGCUGGUGUUCCCGCUUUUGCCCGACACGGCGUCCAUGGACACGACGUUUUUGGCGGUCAAGUUCGCGGGCUCCGCGUCCAUGGCCCGCGAGCGGCAGGCGCAGUGCAGCCGCGAGAAGGCCCGCUUCGACGAGGCCUUGCACGCGGACGCGUUGGCGUGCGCCAUCUACAAGCCCAUCACGUCCGAGGACGGCGAGUGGGUCAGCUUCUACCAGAUGAAGGACCGGCAGGCCGUGCGCCGCUUGCGCCUGCGCUUGGAGUCCACGGAGAAGGAGCAGCCGGCCAACUUGCUCGACGGCGAGGACGCGCGCGAGGCCGCGUUCCGCUUCCGCCACCACAAGAACUACGACAUGCUGUACCACCCGUUCUCCAAGCCGUACGAGGAGUUGGCGUUGCGCUUUGUGUCGGACGCGCCCGCGGGCGGCGAGCCCGCGCCUCGCAAGCGCCGCGCCGCGUACUACUGCCCGAUCUCCGGCCGCGUGGAGUUGAAGAAGCACCGCGCCUCGGCCAACACGGAGAUCAACCGCUUCUUGGCCGACAGCACCAUGGACGCGAUCGACUUCCGCUUGCGCGAGCCCAACACCAACGAGUUGCGCAAGAUGGACAACGCGCGCUCCGAGUACGACCCCAUGGAGUACGAGGGCGACGACGACGACGACGACGACGACGAGCCGGAAGCCAAGGAGGCCGAGGCGCCGGGCGGUGCUGAGGGGGCGGAGUAGGUUUGGCUGGUGUGGCGUGCUUGGAUGCGCCUUGGCAGAUCGGAUGAGCUUUGGCAAUGGCGACGAGCUGUCUAUGGAAAGAUUUGUUUAAUAAGCGCUGGUAAUUAUGAUGAACUUUGGUGUUGGUAACCAUGAUGGGGUUUGAUGACUAUAAUGGGCGUUGGCAGAUCUGAUGAGCUUUGGCAAAUCUGAUGAGCUUUGGCAGGUCUGAUGAGCUUUGACUGAUGUGAUGAGCUUGGGCAAUAGUGACUAGCGGUCUCUGGCUAGAUCUAUAUAGUAAGCUUUGGUAAUCAUGAUG